AUUGGAAGUUCAAAAUUUACUUUAAGGUGCUGAAAGUUUUAAAAUAUGCGAGGCAAGCUUGGAACUCCUGGCUCUGAGGGAUCUAGCAUGGACAGGGAUUCAUUGGACGAUUUCAGCGCCGAAGAAAUGCUCGUACUGGCUGCAGAUGGUCUUCAGUUAGACGAGAUGCAGGAGGAUGAGGAAGAAGAAGACCCACCUCCUAAAUCUUUAAUUGUUGUCAACGUGGACCUCAGUGUGUACGUCGACGAGUCCUGCAAGAAAUCAUUCGAGGCAAAGUUUCGAAUGUUUGACCAGUCAGUCAUGUUCUACUACUUUAGAACAUUCAGAAGAGUGCGGGUUGACUUCAUGUCUCACUCUAACGCUACCUUAGCUAAAGAUAAACUAGAUCUCAGUAAAGUUGGAGAACACACAAUAAAUAUAUAUUUCAUCAGGGUAUUUGCUCCGUCUGACCCAGAGGAAGGUUUUCUCCAGCCUCCUCCUUUAGAGAAACAAUUCCUUAUCUCUCCUCCUUGUAGUCCUCCGGUUGGAUGGGAGCAACCUAGAGAAGGGAAUCCUGUAGUUGAUUACGAUCUGCUGGUUGCCAUGGCUCAGCUUGUUCCUGGAGAAGAGCAUAUGCUUCAUCCGAGUACAUCAGUUACUAUCUGCGGAAACAACGUGGCCACGCCAAGUAUUGUGGUCAACAUUUGCGAAGCAGAAGGAGAAGGGGACAAGAACAGGACUCCGAACAUGAAGGUGUUGCAAACCAGAUGUCCGGAGAGAACCCAAUCUAUCGAGGACUAGGAUGGAGAAGGUUGCACUGGGAACAAUCCAACACUUGACACUGUGUCAGAAACCUAGGGGCAUUUUCUAGAGGGUUUCGUUUAUCCGAACAUGAUUGCAACCUGGCCGAAUCGAUUUUACGAAAUUAUAGUUUAAAGAUAAUUUGUCGAUACCAAAAAUUACGUUUCCAGUGGCGUUUGGCCGAAUAUUUAAUGAAAGAAAAUAUUUUUAUGUUAAACUAAUUUCGUUAGUUCAGAUCUCCAAUAUUGUAAAUUCUUCUGUAAAUUAUUAAUAAUAUUUAUUUACAAGUUC